AUGGCGAAAAGCACGGCCAUCGGCAUCGAUCUGGGCACCACCUACUCUUGCGUGGGGGUGUUCCAGCACGGUAAGGUGGAGAUCAUCGCCAACGAUCAGGGCAACCGCACCACCCCCAGCUACGUGGCUUUCACGGACACCGAGCGGCUCAUCGGCGAUGCGGCCAAGAACCAGGUGGCGCUGAACCCGCAGAACACCGUGUUCGACGCGAAGCGGCUGAUCGGCCGCAAGUUCGGCGACCCGGUGGUGCAGUCGGACAUGAAGCACUGGCCCUUCCGGGUGAUCAACGACGGAGACAAGCCCAAGGUGCAAGUGAGCUACAAGGGGGAGACCAAGGCGUUCUACCCCGAGGAGAUCUCAUCCAUGGUGCUGACCAAGAUGAAGGAGAUCGCCGAGGCGUACCUGGGCCACCCGGUGACCAACGCGGUGAUCACCGUGCCGGCCUACUUCAACGACUCGCAGCGCCAGGCCACCAAGGAUGCGGGGGUGAUCGCGGGGCUGAACGUGCUGAGGAUCAUCAACGAGCCCACGGCCGCCGCCAUCGCCUACGGUCUGGACCGGACUGGCAAGGGGGAGCGCAACGUGCUCAUCUUUGAUCUGGGCGGGGGCACGUUCGACGUGUCCAUCCUGACGAUCGACGAUGGCAUCUUCGAGGUGAAGGCCACGGCCGGGGACACCCACCUGGGUGGGGAGGACUUCGACAACAGGCUGGUGAACCACUUCGUGGAGGAGUUCAAGAGGAAGCACAAGAAGGACAUCAGCCAGAACAAGCGGGCCGUGAGGCGACUGCGCACCGCCUGCGAGAGGGCCAAGAGGACCCUGUCGUCCAGCACCCAGGCCAGCCUGGAGAUCGACUCCCUGUUCGAGGGCAUCGACUUCUACACGUCCAUCACCAGGGCGCGGUUCGAGGAGCUGUGCUCGGACCUGUUCCGGAGCACCCUGGAGCCCGUGGAGAAGGCCCUGCGUGACGCCAAGCUGGACAAGGCCCAGAUCCACGACCUGGUGCUGGUGGGGGGCUCCACCCGCAUCCCCAAGGUGCAGAAGCUGCUGCAGGACUUCUUCAACGGGCGUGACCUCAACAAGAGCAUCAACCCUGACGAGGCGGUGGCCUACGGGGCGGCGGUGCAGGCGGCCAUCCUGAUGGGGGACAAGUCCGAGAACGUGCAGGACCUGCUGCUGCUGGACGUGGCUCCGCUGUCGCUGGGGCUGGAGACGGCUGGGGGCGUGAUGACUGCCCUGAUCAAGCGCAACUCCACCAUCCCCACCAAGCAGACGCAGAUCUUCACCACGUAUUCGGACAACCAGCCGGGCGUGCUGAUCCAGGUGUACGAGGGCGAGAGGGCCAUGACGCGGGACAACAACCUGCUGGGGCGCUUCGAGCUGAGCGGCAUCCCACCGGCGCCCAGGGGAGUGCCCCAGAUCGAGGUGACCUUCGACAUCGACGCCAAUGGCAUCCUGAACGUCACGGCCACGGACAAGAGCACGGGCAAGGCCAACAAGAUCACCAUCACCAACGACAAGGGCCGGCUGAGCAAGGAGGAGAUCGAGCGCAUGGUGCAGGAGGCGGAGAAGUACAAAGCUGAGGACGAGGUCCAGCGCGAGAGGGUGUCUGCCAAGAACGCCCUGGAGUCGUACGCCUUCAACAUGAAGAGCGCCGUGGAGGAUGAGGGGCUGAAGGGCAAGAUCAGCGAGGCGGACAAGAAGAAGGUGCUGGACAAGUGCCAGGAGGUGAUUUCCUGGCUGGACGCCAACACGUUGGCGGAGAAGGACGAGUUUGAGCACAAGAGGAAGGAGCUGGAGCAGGUGUGUAACCCCAUCAUCAGCGGACUGUACCAGGGGGCGGGCGGCCCCGGGGCUGGCGGCUUUGGGGCUCAGGCCCCUAAAGGGGGCGCUGGGUCUGGCCCCACCAUUGAGGAGGUGGAUUAG